UUGAGAAGGUCAGGUCAUUUAAGUUUUAAGGAGGGAUGAAAAAGCUUGGAGGAACUUCUCUACUGAGUUGUUUAAUGAAUUAAUUUAGGAGGUUGCUCAGCAGCAGUGAGAACUCCAUUGAGGUUGUAUAGCAUAUAUUUGUAAUAGGUUCAUUCAGGCCCUUGGUGUGAUUUUCUCUACCUUUGUUUAGAAGCAAAGGCAACGGAUUCUGGGAGUGAUCUAAAGCUGAGACUGGCAGGGUCCAAUCAAUCAUAAGGGAGCAAGAGAUUCAAGAGAAGAUAACAGUACAGAGAUGACCUGGUUACUGAAGGAUCAAGAAGUAGAAAGAAGGAGAGAAUGGCUAGUGUAGGGGCAAUGACUUAGGAGAGAACUGAGGAGUGGAGGGAUUGGAAGUCAUAGUGUGUGACUUGCCCAGAAUUAUACAGCUAAUCAGUAUUUUAAGAGGGAUCUGAACUCAAGUUUUUCUUACUUAGUACCAUCCAAUUGCAAAACAAAUGUUUUCAAUAUGUCACCACAUCAAAUAUCCGUUAUCUCUGAGUUAUGAAUGAAGUUUUGAGAAUAAUCAAGUCCUAAGGCAAGAAUUUUUUUUAAGUGGGCAAAAGUAUAAUGUAUCAUCUGCUCCUGGAAUUAUUCCAAAGAUAUUUUUAGUGAGCCUUCUUAGGGUAUAUCUAUAUCUCAAUACUGUGAACCUUAAGGAUAAAAAAUAACAUCAGGAGUGUAACUUGUCCCAUCACUUUUUCUCUCUGAAUAUGUCAAACAAACACAAGGACAAGACAAGCCAGUAUAUUAGUGUGCUUGUUUUUCCUCUCCAGCAUUGACUUAUCUAUUUAUUUUUAUAAUGGGUUCCUCUCAUGGAAGAAGAUUGUAGGAAGCUUUCUGCAGCCUCUGGUUUCUGCCUCCCAGAGCAAUUCUCUAUAGAGAAAAUGUUUGAAGAGAUGAUUUCAAAAGGAAAGAUCAAUUAUCCUAUCCUUCAGGCUGCCAUUACUUUGAAAAAUAAGGGAUAUAAAACCUGCAUUCUUACCAACAAAUGGUUGGAUGAUAGUCCCCACAGACAUACCAUUGCCCAGGUGGCAGGUACCCUAGAAAAACACUUUGAUCUAAUGAUAGAAUCAUGCCGCACUGGAAUGGCCAAGCCAGACCCAGAGAUUUAUAAGUUUGCCCUUGAGACAUUGAAGGUGACACCACAUGAAGUGACUGAAGUUUCCUUAUUGCAAGAAUAUCUUAAUUUGAGCAGAAAAGCUAUUUUCUUGGAUGAUGAUGAAGCCAACCUCAAGAAAGCUCGUGAAGUAGGAAUGGUCAUAAUCUUUGUCCAAGAUACUGACGUGGCUCUGAAGGAAUUGGAAAAAUCAACUGGCAUACAGUUUCUCCACCAAAAUAAGAUGCGGCCUAUUGUGGUACAGCCAAGCAAUGUUGUCCAUGGAUAUGUUGAAGUUAAGCCUGGUAUGCAGCAGCAUUUCGUGGAGAUGGGUUCUGGGCCUGUUGUGGUCCUCUGCCAUGGUUUUCCUGAAAGCUGGUUCUCUUGGAGGUAUCAGAUCCCAGCUCUAGCAGAAGCAGGCUACUGGGUUAUUGUUCCAGAUAUGAAAGGCUAUGGCGAUUCUUCUGCCCCCCCAGAAAUAGAAGAAUAUUCCCAGGAAGUCAUAUGUAAGGAGUUGAUUGUUUUCCUGGAUAAGCUGGGUAUUUUCCAAGCAGUGUUUAUUGGCCAUGACUGGGGUGGUGUUGUGGUGUGGAACCUGGCCCUCUGGUAUCCAGAAAGAGUAAGGGCAGUGGCUAGUUUGAAUAUACCCUUCAGACCCGCAGAUCCAGCUGUGCCUUUUAUAGAAAAGAUCAAAUCCAACCCAAUAUUUCAUUACCAGCUCUACUUCCAAGAACCAGGAGUGGCAGAGGUUGAACUGGAGAAGGAUCUCAACCGUACAUUCAAAUUAAUUUUCCGAGCAAGUGAUGAGAAAAAUGUAUGUAUGUUUUUAUAUUCUGCAUUCAGGGACUAUUGAAGGGAGCAGGAGACUGUGGGAUGGAAACUGGUGGCUGACUUGUCUCUGCAGGAGGAAACAGGAAGCAGAAUAUGGAGGAUCUGAUCUGCCCUUCUGUAGUCUUUUACCAAAACAAAACAAAACAAAAAAACCCUGUACUUUUAUUAGCUCUGUUAUUAAACAAAUCAUCUAAUCCUCUAUUUUGUUCUUGCCUGAACCAUCCCUGGAUAAGAGGGAAAUCCUGCCAUUUCUGAUCACUGUGGAGUGGAGUGAGAUGAUAACAGUGAGGGUUUUGCUA